GCGGAGCCUGCGCGCAGGUCCUUGGCGCAGGUUAGUGGUUCGCGAUGGAUCCCCUCUUCCCUGCCCAUAUUUUGGAGGACCCUGACCUGAGGAAGCUGCUCAACGACUCCUCCAUGCUCAACCUGAGCUUCCUGCCCAGCAACUGGUUCAACAACGGCACGGGGGACGGCUUCCUGCCGCUCAGCAUCAAGAUCACCAUUGUGGUGGUCUACUCCAUCGUGUGCAUCGUGGGGCUGGUGGGCAACUGCUCCGUCAUGUAUGUGAUCGUCAGGUUCACCAAGAUGAAGACAGCGACCAACAUUUACAUCUUUAACCUUGCUCUGGCUGAUACCUUGUGCCUGAUGACCUUGCCCUUCCAGGGUACAGACACGUUCCUGGGCUUCUGGCCCUUUGGCAAUGUCCUCUGCAAAAUUGCCAUCUCCAUAGACUACUACAACAUGUUCACAAGCACCUUCACGCUGACGAUGAUGAGCGUGGACCGCUACAUCGCUAUCUGCCACCCCAUCAAAGCGCUGGAUAUCCGCACUCCGCACAAGGCCAAGGUGGUGAACGUGUGCAUCUGGGCACUGGCUUCUGUCUUUGGUGCUCCUGCUCUCAAAACAUGUUUGCUGAUCUUGCCUCCUCUUCCCCUUUUUUCCCUAACAGAAAUUGAUUGUCUGAUUAAACUCCCAUCACCUGUGGAUUACUGGGAUCCAGUGUUUGGCAUCUGUGUCUUUCUCUUCUCCUUUAUGAUCCCCGUGUUGAUCAUAACCAUCUGCUACAGCCUCAUGAUUAGGCGACUCAAGAAUGUCCGUGUCCUCUCAGGCUCCAAGGAGAAGGACCGAAACUUGAGGCGCAUCACCCGAAUGGUCCUGGUGGUGGUGGCCGUCUUCAUCAUCUGCUGGACUCCCAUCCAGAUCUUCGUGCUGGUGCAGUGCUUGGGUGCCAAGGCAGAAAGCGAGCUCGAGUUGGCCAUCUCCUGCUUCUGCACGGCGCUGGGCUAUGCCAACAGCAGCCUGAACCCGGUGCUCUAUGCCUUCUUGGAUGAGAACUUCAAGGCGUGCUUCAAGAAGUUCUGCUUCCCCACUGCCUUCAGGACCGAGCUCCAGAUGUCCAACAGGAUGUGCAGCAUUGCCAAGGAUGUGGCUUACGCCUGCAAGAACUCGGAGGGGACUAACAAUCCGGCCUGACUAGGCAUGGAAAUUCCCAUGGUGGCUGUCGCCCAGCAGAGUCCGACCACCCCCACGUCAGAGCUAACUCAGAUAACGGCUCUUUAGCAGGACCUCAAAACUGAG